GCUCUGUAACAAACGGGUGGAAAUCCUGAAUGGAGGAGCUGCUGAUUUCAUUUGCUUGAGAAAAUCGUCCAGAGGAACUCAUAUUUGGCUACUCUGAGCAGUGGAGGGGUGUCCAUGACGUGGCAGGGGGAAAAUAGACAUACGAAACCUCCUGUGUGUACUGCAAACUGUAACCAAGCAAGGGGGAAAUAAUCUCUCUAUAUAUUUUAAUUUCAUGCAAAGGGUUUUAAGCAUCUGUAUUAUAAACUUACUUCUAUGCCUUGUACCCAGUUCAGCAGAAACCAGAGGAGUCCUGUCUGGGGACCCCAUCAUUAUCCGGGAGACCCGCCGCCAGCGGCCUGCCUUCGUUUACCCACAUCCCCCUGGAACGGAUAUCUGUUUGGGGUACCACAGUCUUUCCUAUAGAACUAUGGCCAAAUAUCCAUGAAUGUUUUGCUAAUUCUGGGACUUAACUCCUGGAACCUACCUGCAGGGCUGGAAUUUAGCCCAAAUGCAUAUGAAGAAAUGACAUUUUAAACCAUUUUAAAAAUACCUUAAAGAUUUCCUGUGUAGCAGGAUUUGAUAGGCUUAACAACAUGACAGGUAAGAACUUUCUCUCUUUCUAGUCCCUGAACGCCCCACGCAGGGAAGGCCGAAGCGGAACGGGACCCUGGAGGAAGGAGAGCCAGGGGAGCCUGGGUGCCCUUCGGGGCUCGCAGGCGCUGGGCCCGGCAGCUGCUUUCGAGAGAAGCUCAGCCCUCGCUUCCUGGACGGUGGGGCCAGCGGCUGGGGAAGCUUCUGGGGCGCGCUCGGGGAGGCGGCGCAGCGCUGCACCUGCCCUGCCCCGGACACAGCCCCGGGGCGAGGCGUCCAGGGAGCACCCCAAGUCGAUAUUGGGAUUUUUAAUAAACCAAGGAAUGGGAUUUUAAUUAUUUAAACCCAGUUCCUCUGGGCCAGAUGCUGUUGGGAUGGUCCUAGUCACACAAUAUUAAAGAGACCCAUCACCAAGAGGACGAGAAAAGCGUCCGAGACAAGCGUCCGAGACAUCCGUUGCAAUUACGAAUGAACCAGAGACUUGGUAGCACAGGGCACUGAUUGCUGGUGCCCAACCGGACCCUCCUCCCCUCUCCCCAUUCCUCCCCCCCACCCGAGGCAGGCUCCGGCGGCGGCCGGGACCUCGCGUCCCUGCAUCGUGGCCGGGGCUGCAUUUUUCAUGAGCCCGGGGUGAACAGGUGCGAAGUGCGCUGGGAGCAUCCGGCCGACGGCCGGGAGCGGGGAACAUGGAGAGCGAGCGCGACAUGUACCGCCAGUUCCAGGACUGGUGCCUCAGGACUUACGGGGACUCAGGCAAGACCAAGACGGUGACCCGUAAAAAAUACGAGCGGAUCGUCCAGCUCCUCAACGGCUCCGAGUCGAGCUCCACGGACAACGCCAAAUUUAAAUUCUGGGUCAAAUCGAAGGGCUUCCAGCUGGGCCAGCCGGACGAGGUCCGCGGGGGCGGCGGCUGCGCCAAGCAAGUGCUUUACGUGCCGGUCAAGACCACGGGAGGUAGCAAUAAGAGAAAUUCAGAGAAGCCAAACUGGAUUGGCAAGUCAUACUUACAGAAGUUGUCUCCUUGGAGUCAAAAGGAUGUUAAGGAUGGUGUGGGGGUAGAUGAGAAGCUGUCUUUGCGGCGGGUAGCUGUGGUUGAAGAUUUCUUUGACAUUAUCUAUUCGAUGCAUGUGGAAACAGGGCCAAAUGGAGAACAAAUUCGGAAACAUGCUGGACAAAAGAGAACUUACAAAGCAAUUUCAGAGAGCUAUGCCUUCCUACCAAGAGAAGCGGUGACACGGUUUCUAAUGAGCUGCUCCGAGUGCCAGAAAAGAAUGCAUUUAAACCCAGAUGGAACAGAUCACAAAGAUAAUGGAAAACCUCCCACUUUGGUGACCAGCAUGAUUGAUUACAACAUGCCAAUUACCAUGGCCUAUAUGAAGCACAUGAAACUGCGGCUGCUAAACUCACAGCAAGAUGAGGAUGAAAGUUCAAUAGAAAGUGAUGAAUUUGAUAUGAGUGAUUCAACACGGAUGUCAGCUGUGAACUCUGAUCUUAGCUCCAAUCUUGAGGAAAGAAUGCAAAGUCCUCAGGCUCUUCAUGGCCAGCAAGAUGAUGAUUCUGCUGCAGAGAGCUUUAACGGCAAUGAGACUCUGGGGCACAGUUCAAUUGCUUCCGGGGGAACACACAGCAGGGAGAUGGGCGACUCCAAUGGUGACGGCAAAACUGGGCUGGAGCAGGAGGAGCAGCCCUUGAACCUGAGUGACAGUCCCCUCUCAGCACAGCUGACUUCGGAAUACAGGAUAGAUGACCACAGCAGUAAUGGAAAAAACAAAUAUAAGAAUCUUCUAAUUUCUGACCUCAAGAUGGAACGAGAGGCGAGAGAAAAUGGAAGCAAGUCUCCUGCACACAGCUACUCAAGCUACGACUCUGGAAAAAAUGAGAGCGUAGACCGAGGUGCCGAGGACCUGUCUCUAAACAGGGGCGAUGAGGAUGAAGAUGACCACGACGACCACGACGAUUCCGAGAAAGUGAAUGAGACGGAUGGCGUGGAGGCGGAGCGGCUGAAAGCUUUUAAUAUGUUUGUCAGGCUGUUUGUAGAUGAAAACUUGGACCGAAUGGUCCCAAUCUCUAAGCAGCCCAAAGAAAAGAUCCAGGCUAUCAUUGACUCAUGCAGGCGACAAUUCCCUGAGUAUCAAGAGCGUGCCAGAAAACGUAUACGUACUUACCUCAAGUCCUGCAGGCGGAUGAAAAGAAGUGGUUUUGAGAUGUCUCGACCUAUUCCUUCCCACCUUACUUCAGCAGUUGCAGAGAGUAUCUUGGCUUCAGCCUGUGAGAGUGAGAGCAGAAAUGCUGCCAAGAGGAUGCGUCUGGAUAGACCACAGGAUGAGCGCAGACAUGUAGAUGACGGUAGGACAGUCCUGGUCAAGGAGGGAGAGCGCUGUGAUCUGACGCGUCCUGGCCUGCUGCUGUCAUUGCAGGACGAGUCCGCGCCGGCUGACAAAGCAUGCAAACCAGAGGCGGCGCAGGCCACGUACUCCACGUCCACGGUUCCGGGCUCGCAGGAAGUGUUGUACAUCAACGGAAACGGCACCUACAGUUACCAUAGCUACAGAGGGCUAGGCGGGGGCCUGCUCAACCUGAAUGACGCUUCCAGUAGUGGACCCACGGAUCUCAGCAUGAAGAGGCAGUUGGCAACUAGUUCAGGGUCCUCCAGCAGUUCAAGCUCCAGACCCCAGCUGAGUCCGACUGAAAUCAAUGCUGUGAGACAGCUCGUCGCAGGAUAUCGAGAAUCAGCUGCAUUUUUAUUGCGUUCUGCAGAUGAACUGGAAAAUCUUAUUUUACAACAGAACUGAGUCAAAUGACGAUCCCAUUCACUGAGGUCUAAAUUUGCAGUUUCCACUAAUGACAUUUUGAUUUCCCAGCAGAGAUGCUUCUGGUCUUACUGCACAGUCUUAAGAGAAAUACUUCCAUUAUGCCACAUUGUCCUUGAUCCAUAAAGUGAUGUGUUAAGGUGCUUCAAAGGAACUCUGACCUCUGAAGUACUUUGAGAUACUGUCCUGUGUCCAGCCUACUGCUUUUUGUUUUAGUUUGUCAGCAUAAAUAUCUGGGGCAAAAAAAAGAAAAAAAAAAGAAAAAAGAAAAAAAAAGGCUGUAUAUUCCUAAUUCAAGGAUAAAACAGAAGAAGAUUGUGGUAUAAAAAAAAUAGUUCAAGAUCCAAGUGAAAUAUUAGUGGAAUUUGCUACUGACUUAUUGGACGGAAAACUGCAGUGUCUGGCAAAAAAAAAAAAAAAAAAGCAAAGCCAAAUUUCUUGUUGCUAAAGGAUAUAACAACAUUGAGAAGGAUCUUGUAUUUUAAAAAAAAAUAUAUGUAAUUUUUAUAAAAAGAAAACUUGUUUUUCAUUCAAAAUUGUCAUUUUUACUUUGGUAACUUUUUCAUAGGUCCUAAAAGAAAACUGUUUUGAGAAACUACUGUAAGUACCUUUUCCACAUCCCUUUGCCUUCACCUCUUUCCAAAUUCUUUCUACAAAAAUAACAAUGCUGGAAAACAAAUCCUUGCUACGUUCUUUAAAUCGUCACAUCAGGAACUACUUCCAAGAGAAGCCUGCGUUUCUGCACUCACACUCCUCAUGCCACUCCACAUUGCGGUUUCGCAAUAGAGGUUUUCAUCACAGAAUUUUUUAAUAUUAAAAAAGACGUAUCAUUGAAAAAAAAAAUCACACCUUGGUUCCUUACAGCUGCUCACCCCGGAUUGACGCUGCUGUUUCAGGCGUGCCUCCAGCAGCAACUGGAUGUCGAUGGCUGAAUGUUAAGAGGUUGCAAGUGACAAUCUGAAAAUUUGCACUUGUGUGUAGUUUUUCUUUCUCUCUUUCAGAAAUAGUUUCCAAAAAAGACCAUUACCUCUCCUGAUAGGAUUUGUAUAAUUUACAGUUCUAGGUAACAAUGAUGCAAAGAACUCUCAGUGGACGCAGCUGCAACUUUCAAUGAACUGUCCCCCCUCUCCCCACCCCCCCUCCACACACUUUGCCCUUCUUUCUUAUUUUAUAGUGUUGGAUACACAUGAAUGGUGUUUUCUUUGUGCACUGAGGCAAGCCUAUUUUUUAAAUAUUUAGGGAGAAGUACAUCAGUUUAUGCUUCUUGUACGAUUAUUUUUCUGUUGUUCAGCUUUGGUUGGAUUACAAAUUCUUUGUGCAUUCCUGAAUUUGCCUUAUUUCAUGUAAAACUUAUGUCAUUCAGUUUUUGAUAAUGAGUUUAAGGCAUCAGUGAUAUUUCUUAUGUACUUGUUACAUAUAGUUUUUCAAGUAAUGACUGUGAUUGUGACCAAGUAAUGUGCACUUUUUCUUGUAACUGUGGACAUUGCUAUGCUUUUUCUUCUAGUGUUUCUAGAAUUACUGUUCCUGACAGUUACGUAAACAAAACAAAAAAACAAAAAAACAACUUUUGUGAUACUGUUGGUGAAUAUAAUGUGAAAAUCUUAUUGAAAUAUGAGUAUUUUGGAAAUACAUAGAUGCACAAACAUCUUUUAAGGUGUGGAUUUAGAGUUUGCCUAUUUAAAUGAAAAUUCAAAAAAAUUGAGGGCUGGUAUAAUUUUCUCUGUUUUGUUUGGUUUAAUAAACAGAUUUCUGUGUUAAAA